AGCUGGUUUUGGAUCUCUCUUCAAUUGCACGUUAAGCACGGUAUUGAGCUGGCGUACAUGGAUCUGCGGUCAGUAUUUCUGCAUUCAUAAAUAUUCCCAAUUUAAUUACAGACGUACACGAAGCCUAAAACUGACUGUCACUGACCCACGGUUACAGUUCAGUGAAGGCGGUGAACUCGCACAUCGCAGACAUUCAGUGGAAUAAAUUCUAUCGAUCGGCGCCUCAUCUUGUCUGCUGUGUGAAGGAAGGGCGGGAGAAGCACGAGCAGACGGCAGCUCACAGCGGGGACAAUGGCGUGGUUACUGCUUGCACUGGCUUUUGUUUGUGGAAUAUAUCAAGCGCGAGGUUUCGAGAUGGAACUGGUCCCGUCCUACAGUCCGAUGUUCGCCUUAGUCAACACCAAGUUCACUCUCACAUGCAAGGUGAAGGACCUACCGGAGAAGGCAACGAUUGACAUGGAAUCUAACUUCGGAGAUCCUAAGCUUCAAAAUUUUUACGUCGAGGAAAAGACUGACGUUGUGGGGAAGACGCAGGUGACGUCGAAGACAAUCACGAAGGACUCCGUGGAAGUCAGCGAUAGUGGGAGCUACUGGUGCCAAGCCAACUCCAAGGAAAAGUCGGUGAAUCUGGUAGUCAUUAGAGUUUUAACGCAGAAUUCUAACGUGACAGUCGGCGAGGACGUGACAAUCAAGUGUGAAGCAGAAACUACGUUCGAACAGCUGCGUACGGUGUGGCAUAAGGAUGGCAAGAUGCUGGAUGAUAUCCCUGGGGUGAAGGACAGGGUGACGUACGGGGACAAGAACUUCACGCUCACCCUAGGGAAGACUGUGGAAGACGAUGCUGGGGAGUAUACGGCCAGGGUCAUCUUCUUCCCCGAAAGCUACCUGAUACAGGCCUUCAAUGUCGUGGUAAAAAUGUCAGGAAAACCAUAUUUUAAAAAUGGCGACGGAAACAAGGAAAUUACUAUUAGCGGUAACGACAGCAUAGACCUAAGUUGUAAUGCCUUCGGAUACCCCAAACCGGACGUCACGUGGUUGAAAGACGACGAGGUCAUUCAACCAGAUUCCAAGCGAGCCACGAUUGAAGAGAAAGCGAACGGUUCCCGACUUCUCAUCACCAAGGUGACAAAGAAUGACACAGGUGCUUAUGUCUGUAACAUUGAGAACCCGCUAGGACGGAAGCAACGGUCUUUCAAGGUUACCGUCAAUGCAUAUGACAUCACCACUAACUGUGCUGUGUACUUGUGUUCCGGUCUGAGUCAAGUGCUGCUGCUCGCCAGUGUGUUGUUCUUGACUUUGUAAACUGGGGAUGCUUGCUGUGUCAUGUACGAUCUUGCAGUGGCUCGGCGUGCAGGUGCUGAGGCGGGAGAUGAGGACUGGUGCUCAGUGGCAGAUUCGUUUGGAAAUCGGGUAUACAUGACCGAAGGAAUUAAAUAUCAUAAAUGAAUGAACAGAUCGAUUGUAAUGUUCAUUAAUAGUUCCAACCGAUAUGAUAUGGUUAGACAGUUCAGACGAAAACGAUUUUCGAAAAAUUAGCAUACUUGAUGUUUUCUAAUUACUCUGAUAUUUAUAAACGUAUAUACAUGUACACCCAAUGCGUGUAGAUCAGUUGGCUCUGUUGAAGUAAUUUAUGUAUUCAAUCACUAUUGGGGUAAUGAUGCAACACUAAUCAACUUUUGAUAAGGUUCUGAGUGUGAAGAUGGGAAUGAAUGGGCCUGAUUCUUUGAUAUGUUAUCAUGUCAUGCGAAUAGUUUUCGACAUUGCCAAGGAACGGAGCAUUUUCAGCUUCAUUCCAAUGUAAAACAACAAAACAUAAGUUCAUCCUCGGAAUCUAGGCACAGUGGAAGGCAGGGUCCAUCAUUUUUGUGAGGGGCGUCGGGAGUGUGGGGUCAGACUAAGAGACGCCAGUCUCGAAGCGAACCAGAAGAUGAGGCAGGUUGGUCCCACAUGCGUGUGAAACAGUUGGGUGCUUCCCACCAGGCUGUGUUUUAUCCCAGUAUCCCCCUCAAUAGUUGUGUAAUACAUGUCCUGAUUGUUUCAUCAGUGUUACAUCGUGAGUAGCCAAUUUCUAAACGGAUACAGCCAGCUCCUUCAGUGUAGGUACAGCCAACUACUUGAAUGUAUGGAAAGCGGAAGUGACACCAAGUGUAUUCUGGGAGCUACACGUGUCUUUACAAUGGCCUCUGUCUUAAGCUCCACUCCCUGCACUCCGUGCUUGUAGAAACAGAGCAAAGUCAGGAGAACGCUUUAAGAUGUCCCUCCAUACUUAGUAUAGUAUCUCAGCAGUCGUGUUCCACAAGACAUCAAACUGGUUCAUUUUGGAGAUCAUCAUCAGAAAUCACACCACGACUAGUUUCUAUAUAUUGAAACCAAGUCUAAACCAGUGCUAUGUAUCGCCUAUAUAAUAUCUAUAAAUUCAAGUUUGUAACUAGCAUUGCAUGUAUUUAGCCGCAAACAUUACCGCUUCCGUUAUGAUUUGGAUCAUUAUAAACAUGUGCUAAAACGAUACAAGACUUGAGGUCUUGUAAAAAAGCGUGUUAGUAUUGAUCUAAUGGUACAUUACGACCCUGUCCCCUAUUUGUGACAAUCCCGGUUGCAUUCCCAGCACUGUAUAUAUUAUGCUGGGGAGGAAUACCGUAGAGAAUUGUUCAAAACAAUCACAGAAUAGAACCACGAAUCUACCCUUUAGAGUCAUCGUGCAAACGUACACUCUUGCUGUCGGGUAUUCAUGUGCAGGGUGUGGCGUCUCGGGGAGCCCCUGGGUUCCCUGCCUACCCGUAAUAACUGCUUCAUGUUGAUACAGAUACUUUUUGUAAGCAUAUUGGAUAUUUUGAGCAUCGUAUAUUUGGAGGCUAUAAGAGUUUAUAGGGAAACAGGUGUCUCACUUAGUUUAGUUUACGACAUCAUUGACGCCUGUUUACUCCGCAGCUGACACUAAUCUUGAAUAUGUCAUCUCGAAAUUGUAGACUUAAAUGAUAUUUAAUGUACUUCUUAUUAGUUUUGAAAAUAAUUCUACUCUUUGAUGUACACACAAAGGGGCACAGGUGGCCCAGUCGUCUAAGGCGCCGCAAUUUGUUGUACAGAGUUGCGUCCCUUGGGCACGCCAGAAACGCCAGAGAUACUGUUCAAAUCUCGAGUUAAACCCGACCCACUCAUUCCUUCAUUUAAGAACUAUGAAUAUAGUGAAUGCAUUAAAAGUCCUAAUCCGGCAUUUGAACACUUAUUCUGAUAACACAGUAUCUGGAAUAUUGAAGGCAAUGUGCUGGAAAGAGACAGAUCCACAAUAUCUGAGUUGGGCUGCUUGUCGAAUAACCCAUGUCUGCUAUAUGGCAACGUACGCAUGGUAAAUAUCCAUGGUAUCAUACAGUUUUUGUGAUGUGAAAUACCAAAGAGUGUUACAUGUACAUGCACAUACGAUGUUCUCACUACCAAAAGAAACGCGAAUCCCAUACAUGUUAGUUCAUAUGUAAAGAACCACUCCUAUUCAAGGGGCGGUCGGGUAGCCUUGUGGUUAAAGCGUUCGCUCGUCACGCCGAAGACCCGGGUUCGAUUCCCGACAUGGGUACAAUGUGUGAAGCCCAUUUCUGGUGUCCCCCACAGUGAUAUUGCUGGAAUAUUGCUUAAAGCGGCGUAAAACCGCACUCACUCACUCACUCACUCCUAUUCAAGAUACAUUAGAUCAGACAAACAAACAUACUGGUAUGUUUUGUCAAUCGAUGCUCUUGAACGCAGCACACGUCAUAGAUCAAUUACUCGAGAUGCACCAUUUGUCUCGUGCAGAAUUAGCGUGUAAAUCACGUGCAGCGUUUGUGAUAAUAAAAAAAGACACUUGUGGUGACACUUGACUGCUUGUUAGUUUUGUUAUUAAUGGGUACACAUUGGAAACAUCUCUCCUUAACUUGCAUAUUUCUCCAUAUGUUUCUGUGGUUCGCGUUUCUUUUUGUAGUGAGGUUCGCGUUUCUGAUGGUAGUGAGUAUGUGAUUGGCGUACGUUUACAAGUCUUGGACUUGCGUAUGUCAUGCCACAAUGUCCCUGUUUAUAUUGGCCAUGGUCUGUGUACUGUUAUAAAUGCAUUGUGUGAUGUAUAUACCGUUAUCAUUAUGUUCCCAGCUCUGUUUGAAAUAUGUCUAUGUUUUAUAAUUCACGCUAAGUAAGUAAUCAGUAAAUUUGCAUUGUAUGUGAUUACUGGUCGACGCCGAUCAUGAAGUAGUCAUCUAAUAUGAGCUCUGUAACUUACAUGUAUAACAAGGGUUUUCAUGUGUUGCGCGACACAGUUAACGAGCCAGUGUUUGCCUCAUUUAACCAUUCAUAAGCUUCGUUGGUGUAGUUUGUUUUUAAAUUGCUUAUGGUGUCCCAAUCUGCCGAAAUGCUUGUCGAUAUGGCGAACUGGGUUUGGUUGAUGGACGUUGAAGAAUCAUCAACUGUGACAAACUUAGAUUGAACUAACUUACUUUUCUGGUCCUGAGUACCGCUAUCAGAUUCGACCUGAUUAGUUUUUUGUUUGAGUGAUUGUCCCCAGCAACAUCCCAGCUACAUGACGACGAUCUGUAAAUAAUCGAUUCUGGACCAGACAAUGCAGUGAUUGACCUCAUGAGCAUCGAUCUGCGCAAUUUGAAUACUGUGACAUGCAACAACCAAGUCAGCGAGCCUUAAUACCCGAUCCAGUUGGUCGCCAUCUUUAGCAAGACCGAUUCUAGCUGGAUGUUCACGAGCCCGGAUGCGUGACCAGUUAACACCAUGCCCGUGGGUUUCACAAAAGUAGUGAAAGUCUAACGGCGUCACUUUGUAUUUCCUUCCCCUUUUAAGCUGACACGCCGUGAACUAUUCGAAAAAUACUACUCGAAAGAAGUUAAGGACCACCGAUUCUUUCAUAUUGCUAUAAUUAGGCUGUCAUGACAUAAAGAAUCAGAUGGACCUUAACUUCUUUUGAGUAGCAUACAACUGGGCAUUUAACCCAACUCACACCAAAUAGUGAUGUAGGUACAAAUAAUACUCAAGGUAUCCUGUGAAUACUACAGUAUUGUGAUUAUAUCAACCAUUGAUACAUGCUAAGGAAAGAAUAGCACAGCUCGUUUUCUACUCGAAAUCCAGCCGCGUAAUUCGCUGGAGGUUAAGUGAUGUCAUUGCACUAGAUCCUGAACUAACGCACUUUUGUACGGAACAUAGAUCACUAAAUAUGGAGGUCUUAAAUAUGUAUCUGUGGAAUUGGAAUCUUUUCUAUUCUGCAUCAGUGCAGAAUAUCGGUUUUAUUGUCAGUGCUAUUGAAAAUAUAGGGCAUUACUCUGUGAACGAGUGUCAUGAAAUGUAACGCACAUACCAUGUCUUUACCACACGUAUAUACACUGAGGGAGAAAGAAAACACGGAAUUCCUAUACUAUCCAUCAUGUCAUUAGAUAUGUGUAAAUGUAUCAUGUUCCCCCAUAUAGUUCAAUCAGUAUACUGAAGAUAUGUCCAAGCUCUGGUUUGUUGAUGGCGAUCGAUGCAUCCGUCAUGUGUUGUGACACACACACACACACACGCUGUACAUCGCUUUCAUAAUGCAGUAAAGAUAAUCGACCGUUGUGGCUUGUCCGUCAGUGUGUUUAAUCUGAUUAUUUCAAAGACUCUAUAGUAUGUUUGGUAAAAACCAGAAGGUUACCUGUGAAACAGAGUACGGUGUGAGGUAUGUCAGUGUCCUUGUGUAACAUGAGAAGAACGAAAUAAUACUGUUGCUGAACGUGUACUCACGCGAAGGUAAAUGGAGAAGGGAGAUUUUUAAUGGAAGAUUUAUUUUUUUUAUAAAUGAGCAUUUUUAGUUUUCAUCGCCCACUGUUUACCUUUUUAACUGGUGAGGAAGUUGAGACGAAAUAAAAGAAUACUUGAAAGCAAUGUGAUACGCAGUGGAAGUCUUAAAAAUAACUCAACAAAACUUAAGGUUAAUGUCUGUUGAAACUCAAAUUUACACCAUGUCUAAAUUAACCCACGAUUUCAGAAACAAAUUCUAAAAUCACUACUUACCACGAUUUGACAACGUUUUAGUCCUUUUUUGACAAUGUUUUAGUCCUUAUUUGACAAGGUUUUAUUCCUUAUUUGACUAGGUUUUAGUCGAAAUUUAAAACUAUGCCCGGACAAAGAAGGCAUCAGUUUAGAUGACUAUUAUGUUGAUGCUACGUUUAGGAUGUAGGCAGAACGUAGACAAUAGCCCAUGCAGUGUCAGGUGAUCAUUUAGUGUUUGGUUAAAGAAUGCCCUCCCGCCUGUACAGGUCAACUGAACUGGGUGAUGUCAUGGGGUUUGCCGAAAGUAAGUACCGGAAGUUCGCGUGAACGUCUACCGUGAGAGGUCAACGGUGGUGCAAUGGCGAUUUGCUUGUAUGUAACUGUCGAAUGUUUAUAUGUUUUAGAAAAUAAAUAUCCGUGUUUAACUUU